AUGGCUUCAGUCGCCAGCUCCGCGGCCACGGCCUCCCCUUCACCCACGGUCAGAGCAACCCCUCAAGGAGGUGUUUUUGACCGUUUAAAUCCCACGCACUAUGACCCCAAAAACCCUAUCACGCUCUUCAUAAUCCAGGCAGGUAUCAUUAUCAUCGUAUGCCGCGUCCUACACUAUCCUCUUUCCAAGAUCCGUCAGCCUCGUGUGAUAUCUGAGGUUAUAGGUGGCAUUCUUCUGGGGCCUUCAGUCAUGGGGAGAAUACCCGGAUUUCAGCAGGCCAUUUUCCCCAAGGAAUCUAUACCAAACCUUAACCUGGUAGCCAACCUUGGACUGGUUCUCUAUCUGUUCAUUAUUGGAGUGGAAACCAAUUUACGCUCCAUGUUGAGUAAUUGGAGGGUUGCUGUAAGCGUGUCUGCAGCCGGUAUGAUUCUGCCCUUCGGGUUCGGUUGUGCAGUUGCCUAUGGCUUGUACUAUGAAUUCAAAGACGAGCCGGGUCUGGCCCCUAUUAGUUUUGGAACAUUUAUGCUGUUCAUUGGUAUCGCGAUGGCGAUUACUGCGUUCCCUGUCCUUUGCCGUAUCCUCACGGAACUUGAGCUUCUUAACACGACUGUAGGCGAGAUUGUCUUAUCAGCUGGUGUUGGUAAUGACGUUGUUGGCUGGAUCCUCCUUGCUCUAUGCGUUGCUCUCGUCAAUGCAAGUACCGGAUUGACUGCGCUAUGGGUUCUGUUAACCUGUGUCGGUUUUGUGCUAUUUUUGACGUAUGCCGUGCGCCCAGUGUUCAUCUGGUAUUUGAAACGCACGGGCAGUUUACAUAAUGGCCCCGAUCAGUCUGUCGUCGCGUUGACUUUGCUUCUCGCAUUUGCUGCCGCUUUCUUUACCCAGGUAAUUGGCGUGCACGCGAUUUUCGGUGGAUUUCUCGUUGGUCUCAUCUGCCCCCACGAAGGCGGGUUUGCCAUCAAAACCACGGAGAAGAUCGAAGAUCUCAUCGGGGCUGUUUUCCUACCGCUAUAUUUUGCUCUUUCGGGACUUAAUACUGAUAUUGGCCUCCUGGACACUGGAAUAACCUGGGGCUACGUGGUUGCUGUCGUCGUGAUUGCGUUUAUUGCGAAGGUUUCGGGUGGGAUGCUGGCAUCGAGACUGAACGGUCUCGUUUGGAGAGAAAGUGCUGCCAUUGGUGUACUAAUGAGCUGUAAGGGUUUGGUUGAGCUUAUUGUCCUGAAUAUUGGUCUCCAAGCGAGAAUUCUCAGUACCCGAACCUUUACGAUAUUUGUUGUCAUGGCUCUUCUUACUACAUUUGCUACGACACCGCUCACCCUUUGGAUUUACCCGGAGUGGUAUCGGGAUCAAAUGGAGAGAUGGAGACGCGGUGAGGUUGACUGGGACGGAAAUGAAAUCUCAUCUGACGGGGAUCGUAUGAGCAGCUCAGAAAUCUCCCGACAAAAAGCACAACGCUCAGCUGCGCAGAAGUUCCUGAUCUAUCUCCGGCUUGACAAUUUGGCCGGACUAUUUACUUUCGUCUCACUGUUGGGUCCUGGGGACGCUUCGAAAGCUGUCACUAGCAAGGUGCAUCACCUCAACAAAGGCGAUAGGGCUGAGACGGUGCCAGACCAGAAAGAACGCCCCGUGGAGGUUCAUGGUCUCCGUUUGACUGAACUUACCGACCGUGAUUCCAGUGUAAUGAAAGUAUCAGAGGUCCAUGACUAUAGUUUCAGCGAUCCAAUUCUGAACACAUUCAGAACUUUUGGUCAGCUGAAUACCCUGACUGUCUCUGGAGCCGUCGUCAUUUCUCCUGAACACGCCUAUGCUGAAACAAUCGUUAGCAAAGCUCGUGAUAUAUCAUCCGAUUUCAUCCUUCUUCCCUGGAGUGAAACGGGGAGCAUGAGCGAGCACCAGAUUCUUCUUCUCGAUGACAAAAAGGAAAAAUUCUCAACGGGUCCCCAUACCGCAUUUAUCAACACAAUCCUAAAGAAUGCUAAAUGCCCAGUUGGAGUCUUUGUCAACAAAGGUUUUGGAGGACCGCAAUUAACAAGACCGCAACCAGGACAUUUGAGUCGCUCCGUCAGCGGCACCAGUAUCUACAAGUCAGCAGACAUCACGCUGUCUCCGGCACUGAACCAAGGACAUCACGUUUUCUUCCCUUACUUCGGCGGAGUCGAUGACAAAGUAGCACUUCGCCUUGUCCUCCAACUCGCAAGAAAUUCAACUGUAACUGCCACGAUUCUUCAUGUCGAUACAACCGAGGCGCCACCGGAUCUCGUCUCCUCAAACAAGGAAAACGCACCUGCUACUACCACCACUCCUUUACCUACAGCCCUAGCAGUCCCAACUUCCCAGGAACAGGAAGCUGCCGAUGCCUUCUUCAACUCCAUCCGUGACUCCGUGCCUGAAGCACUCAGUGACCGUGUCGUGUUCCAGAAUCUGAAAACGACAUCAGCGGAUGUAAUCACCGCUGUCUUGGAUGCUGCGAGAGCGGAUGUGGGGAAAUCGAAAGACAAUACCGGCGAUCUUGUUAUCACUGGACGCAACAACGUAGCCGUUAGGUCGCUGACACCUGCGGGGUUGUCUUCCUCCGGAGAGAUUGGGUUGGAGGCUAAAAGGGCACUUGGUGCUUUGGGUGAAGCGAUGGCGGCGACGUCGAAUUUGAUUCAAGCUAGUUUGCUUGUCGUACAUGCCACCGCGCCGAAUGUAUAG